GUGAAUUACGAUGGGUUUUAUACACAAAGAUUUGAUAUUUAAGUAAAUAAUCUACUCCUACGGUACAUUUUGUUCGGUUCAGAAUAGAAAUCAUUCAGUUGAUCGAAAGUGUUGCAAACUUAAGUUGCGCAUAAUACCAGCAGUUGGCGCGUUUUACGUCACCAGAGUGGAAAGUGAAGGGAUUUUCAGGACACAGCAUUGAGCACACGCAACAUCCUUCGAACAGCAGUUUUUACCGAUCAUCUGUGAGCUUUCAUACAGGGGCAUUUCUGCACAAUUUUAGAAAUUUAUCCUUCAAAAGUUCCAUUUAAAUAAUUGCAAUUUUUUAAACAAAGAAUAUUUAUAAAGUUCUCGAAACAAAAACCCGGAAAAUGAAUCAAAAUCAAGCCGAAAUUAAGUGUAUACUGUUUGACUUGGACAACACGUUGAUCGAGACACGAAAAGCAGACACGAGGGUUUGCGAAAAGAUUGCAAAUGAGCUGCGAGUAAAAUUCAAUGUUACUCAUGAUGAAGCAAACUCGAUAUCGUCCAGUUUCUUGAGUAAUUUUCGGAAAUGCCCUGAGAACACUCUUAUGAGCCUGGAUAAGUGGAGGACGUACCUUUGGUCCCAAGCUUUGGGAGACAAAUAUCAACAGUAUGCAAAAACAUUCAGUCCCAUAUAUAAUUUCCCAUGGUUCUUUGUCUCAGAAUCGUUGUACCAGAAUUGGCUGUAUCAACGUUACCAGAAUCUGGCGAUGCCAGAUGAAUUGAAGUCGUUACUGGAAACUCUACGUAUGAAAUUCCGUAUAGCCCUUAUCACAAACGGUACAUCUGCUUGUCAAUGGGAGAAAAUCGAAAAAUUGCAUUUAAAAGACUGCUUUGAUCUCAUUUUAGUCUCAGGUGAUCUGUCUUAUGAGAAGCCAGAUAAGCAUAUCUUCUUUCAAGCUUGUGAGUUGUUGAACGUCAAACCGAAGAACUGUUUAAUGGUGGGUGACAAACUAGAAACUGAUAUACAGGGUGGUUUUGAUGCAGGUCUCUCUGCGACUGUAUGGAUUUCAAGAAACACGCAUUAUUAUUUAACGGAAACUGAUCCCAAACCAGAUUAUAUAUUGAGCAAUAUCAUGGAAUUCAAGUAUUUAAUCGCGAAUCUUUUGGACAUGGAGAAUAUGAGGGAUGCGGCAAAAAAGUUGCAAGAUUGUUCACUUUAUUGUGAUGAUGAUUCUGCCUGUGCUGGUCCAUCAUUUUCCGAUCAUCAUAAGCGGAUGUUCUCUAACGUGUUUACUCUAGAUGAAGAUUCCAAUUCUAAUGCGAGUGAUGGCAGCUGAUGGCUGGUAAUGGUGAUAGUCAAUGCCAGCGGAAGUUUCCGAUUUUUCAGGGCUUCUAGCUGAUAACAGUUGCGGGUUGUGGUGUGCAUGCUCAAAUACUUUUCCUAUUUAUAUUAUACCGAAGUACAAUGUUACUAAGUACAAACGUUAGUAUAAGUACUUUAUAAUUUGGACGCGAUGAAUUUAAUUUCGAAUAAGUCAAAUCGCACUGGUUCAGAUAUUUAGCCCAAAAAAUAAUUGUAACUAUUGUGCAUCAUUAGAGUCUUUCUUUUUUAAACGUUCAGUUAGUGUGAAUCUCGAAGGUCAUCUUCUGUUAACUAAAAAGUGGUCCCUAAGACUUUCUGGACCCCAUAUUUUGGUGGAAAUGGCAGUUGCAAUAAUGUUUUCCAAGGUUACUGGACCUUUUAUGCAAAGUAUACAGUUGCCUUAUUUAGAUCAUUUAUGAACUGUUAAUAAAAAACAAUGCGGAAAUCAAUAUGUUCCUAGCUGUAUAGUAUUAAGGCAACUGAUUAAUAAUAUAUUGUUAGUUGUUUGAUAAAUUUUCUGAAUGUACAUAAUACUGUUAUGGAUAAAAAAGCAAUGUUAAACAACAAGAAAUGUUACUACCGGUAUAUGUCUCUUAAUUUGUACUUUUCGCAAGGGAGCUGAAAGGUUUCUCAAGAAAAUGUAAAUAUUCCAAUAACACGCCCGAAAUAAUUGUGUUGAAAUUCCGGAAGCCGGAGCAAGCAAAGGGUUUAAUACUAAGAACAACCCUACUUAUUGUUUAAAUAAUUCAGAAUUUUAUAUAUUUUUACUACUGAUAAUAUUAAGUACUGAAUAUUUCAGAACCCGUCCUGUAGUUGUAUUUAUUUGAUUUAUACAGUAAGUAUAAGUAUGACUCAACGUCAGUUUUCUCGAUUAAAAGCCAUAUUAAAAAAAUUAUCUCGGUUAUGUCUUUGUGAAUUUGUGCAUUUUUGAAUGAUAAAUCGAGUAUGAUUAAUUCUGGGUCUCUAUAAAAUUGUGUUACAAUUAUUUUGGUGUUAUUUGCUCUGUAUUUUGUUUCUCUACUAUAAACUGUAAACAUAUUUUAUCUAGUGUUCUUCAACAGUUUAAAAUUUAUCUGCAAUUCAAUUAUAAGCUAAAAAGUAAUGGCUGAUUUAUUUAUUAUCUAAUUGUGUUUAAAUUGAAAAACUACUACUUUUCUUUGCGAUAAGACAUAUUUGAAAUGUGUUACAUAAACAUUUAAUGUAGAGCAAAAAGCAGUUAAAUACAGUAUGCCAUCCAGAAAAUUAAACUAUCUUCGGUUCUGGAUUUUUUAGUAAGAAAUCUAUAUUAUUAUUUAUCAUAAGGAUCGCGCAUAUUUGAAUACAACAGAAACACAAAAAAUCAAUCUACUUCAUCAUAUAAAUAACAAGCAUCAUAAAUCUGCUGUUUGGGUUAGUACAAUACAAACUUUCAAUCGCUUCGAUGGCUUCAAUCUCAUUGUGCAGUCUUCGAUAAUCCUCGAAUACUUAGGAUUCCAUUUCCACAAAUUAACGCAGUAUUUUAGUUGUUUUGUGCAAUUUUCCGAUUUCCCCUCUAAGUAAUUGCUCUAUUUGCUGGUUAAUACAAGUGCUUAAAUAUUUUAAAUUGGAGUAAAAAAAUAAUUAAUAUUUCUAUUCGCAUUAGAAGAAAUUUGGUUACGUUGAUACUUUAGGGCAUUUAGUUUAGAAACAAUUUUUCAAUAAUACAUUCAAAGUACAAUAAUUUAAAUGCAUCUGAUUUUGAAUCUUUUAGUUGUUAUUCCAAUCUUUGCACCGAUCUGAUUUACUUAUCGCUGCUAAAUAAGCUAAAUCGAAAAAAAAAAAGAAUGUGUUUUGUUAGAAAGUACUGUUAUAUUAGCGUUACUCAAAUUAUAUAUGAAUAAAUAUAUUUUAGGUAA